CAAGAUUAUGUAACUUGGGAAAGUAAAAAACAAAAGGAAAGUAGAGAACGUGGAAACAGAGGAAGGAAAGGAGAGAGACACAUAAGUGAAAACCCUUCUUCUUUUUUCUUGUGGCCAAUCAAACUGAGAAACCCUUUCGAGAGCGGCACAGUGCAGGCCAAAGCUAUGUUUUCGUCUUUGCUUCUCAACCUCUCUAUCCGCAAACAGGCUCUGAGAUACCAAACCUUUCGGAUGUUCUCCUCCACCAACCCGUACUUAGUGUAUGGUAAAACAAUUUAUGGAAAUCUUGACGAGGAUCUUCAUUUAAGAAGCGACAUCCACUAUUUUGACCCGGUCAAGGAAGAUGAAGUGAUUGUACGAGACAAGGCACUUCCCUUGGAGUUUCGUGGAGAGUGUUUUGUGGUCGGAAUGUCCCAUGGUUGGGUCGUUUUCAAGGCCCGGUCUGAUGGUAAGAAAGAUAAAGUCUUGUAUAUUAGCGACUACUACAGUCCUUGUGGCUCCAAAUCAAACCCUAAAACCAUUCCUUUACAUCCCACGGGUCAGCCUAAUAUUCCUGCCCAACAGCUUGCCAUCACUAACGCUGCCAUGACUUGUUCACCUGACCAGAGCCAUGAUUUUGCAGUGGCCAUCAACUGCUUAGGACCUGUGAUCAACUUCUUUAGGCCUGGUGGCAAACACAAGGACUCUGGUUCGGUCCACUUCAAGACCUUUCUCCAACAUUUUAAUCAGUCAAAGGUUAUGUAUUCAAAGAGGGAUGAAAAGUUCUACACCACUAGUGUUGGCGGCCAAUUCUUGGUUUCCUAUGAUGCUUUCUUCGAGGAGGAUAUGACCGGCUCCGAGGUGCAAGAGUUGCGGUUCAUCAACCAACCUGAGUUGACCCAGUCUGAGUGGGAGCUAUUGGACUCAUGUUCCAAGACUGUGCACCUUGUAGAGUCUCCCUCAGGGCAACGUUUCCUAAUUAAAUGGUACGCUCAGAACCACCAACCGGGCAAGAAGAUGACCUUCUUGUGUCGCGGAACAAAGCGUUUCAUGGUGUUCAGAGAGGAAGAAGAAACAAGGGUCAUGUCUUACACAGAGGACAUUGGUGAUCUCUGCAUAUUCUUGGGGAAUAAUGAGCCUUUUUGUGUCAAGGCAAGCUCCUUUCCUGGCUUAAACCCUAAUUCAAUUUAUUUCGCAGGAGAUGGCUUUGGUGUUUACGAUAUCUCUACUAGAAAACCACGUUCCUUCCGUCCCAAGUUUCCUGCAUCCUUCUCCACGGCAUCACUUGCCUUUCACUGGAUCCCUCCAAUGUCUCUCUAGCUAGUAGUUACUCUGUCUUUCACUAGUUUAUGCCAAGAUUAUUAUGUCUCUAAUUUGUGUUGAACUAUGUUUGGUUUUCCACUGUACUAGCUACUAUCUUUAUUUUUUCUUUAAAUAAAAAUUAUGAAAUCUAAAAUAUGGAUGUGGUUGGAAUAGUUAAUGUGGGGGUAUUUAAAAUGAUAAUAAUUGAUAGGCGUGGGGAGAAAGAAAAAGAAAAAAAAUGUAAAGAAUCUUUUGUACAGAUUUGAUCAUAAGAUUUUUCUUUUUUUUCUU